AUUCUUGGCCAGCCUUUGAGAUGAUGGGACUGGGAAACGGGCGCCGGAGCAUGAAGUCGCCACCCCUGGUGCUGGCCGCGCUGGUGGCCUGCAUCAUCGUCCUGGGCUUUAACUACUGGAUCGCCAGCUCCCGCAGUGUGGAUCUCCAGACGCGGAUCCUGGAGCUGGAGGGCAGGGUCCGCAGGGCGGCCGCGGAGAGAGGCGCGGUGGAGCUGAAGAAGAACGAGUUCCAGGGGGAGCUGGAAAAGCAGCGGGAGCAGCUUGACCGGAUCCAGUCCAGCCAUGACUCGCAGCUGGAGAGCGUCAACAAGAUAUACCAGGAUGAAAAGGCAGUUUUAGUGAAUAAUAUCACCACAGGUGAGAAGCUCAUCAGAACCCUGCAAGGGCUCGCCGGCCCGCGUGGCCCUGGAGCCUGGGGAAGUCACGGAGCACUGGUCCCCCGAGAGGGCCGGCGUUUGCAGGGGGUAGAAGACUACUCCCAGCCCCCUGAGCCUUGGUUCCACCUCUGGGACAUGAAGAUUCAUCUGGAACCACAGAGCCAGUGCAUCAAUCAGAUGAAAGAGGUGAAGGAGCAGUGUGAGGAGCGCAUAGAGGAAGUCACCAAAAAGGGAAAUGAAGCUGUCGCUUCUAGGGACCUGAAUGAAAAAAAGGACCAAGCCCAGCAGCUCCAAGGCCCCGGGCCACAGGAAGCAGACCUGCCCCAGGCAGAGGUGCCACAAGUGAAAGGAAAUGUGCCCAGCAACGGCGAGCCCCAGACCCCAGCCCCCAGUUCUGAGGUGGCUUUGGAUUUGAAGAGACAAGGUGAGAGAGAGGAGACCAACGAGAUUCAGGUGGCCAGUGAGGAGGCGCUGCGCAGGGACGGCCCGGGGCUGGCACCAGAGCCGGGCCCGGGGCAGGCGGCCGAGGACGACAGGCCUGCGGGCAGACGAGGCACCGGGGAAGCAGAGGCGGUCGGGCACACCCCGCGGGCGCCAGCGGCCUUGCUGGGGAGCCCAGAGAAUCAGGACGCCGAGGACCCCGAGCAGGACCAGCUGGUCAUCCCCAACGGGCAGGAGGAGGAGCAGGACGCCGACGAGGAAGGGAGAAACCAGCGGAGGCUGGGAGGAGAGGAGGACUACAACAUGGACGAAAACGAGGCAGAAUCGGAGACAGACAAGCAGGCGGCCCUUGCAGGCAAUGACAGAAACCUGAAUGUUCUUAAUGCUGAAAAUCAGAAAGGAGACAUGAUACAUUUACUUGAUCAGCGUGAAAAGAAGAAUCACACGCUCUGAAUCAACUGGAAUCCUGUACUUCCUGUCAGGACUGAACAGAGAUCACUACAAGAUACUUAUGAGGGGUUGAAUACUGUGAAAUGUACUAAGUAAAAUACACAACUAAAGAUGAUUAUUGUGGAGUUUUAAUAUGUACUUUAUGUAGGAAAAUGAUGGUCUGUCAGGUGGGUUUGGGGGAUACUUUUGAAGUGUGUCCCAUGGUGUCAGUGUGGCAGCUCUGACAGGUAUGAGAAGAUCAAGACCAAAAGUAGAGCCCAAGUUCUCCUGCAAGGGGACAGGGGCACUUCUGCAGGUAACUUUGUAACUUCGUUGAAAACAAUCGGAGCCUGUAGGAAAAGUCUGUCUUCUGACACCAAGACCCCCCACCCCUGAGAAUUCUCUGGUCCCUCUGGUGUCCCCGCCACAUGCUGUGCUGAGCGGCCAGGCACCCGCCCGGAUUUCUGUUCUCCCACGUCAGCAGUGAAUGAUUACUGGUUUGCGCUCAUGCACUCACUUCUGCUUGGGACACUCAGUGUGGCCUGGAGCGCAAAACUUAAACAUCACUAGCAAGUUUUAAACAGGUCUAUAGACAAAGGCAUUUUGUGAGAAUUUUUUAAAAGAACACUUGUAUAACCUUUGUUAUUAAUGUACUUAGAAAGUGACUUGUAAUUUGAACAUUGUGUCGUUCUUGGCUUAGUACGUGUGGACAGAGCGAAAUCUAAGCAGCACACGCCACGGAAAGCCACCAGUGGAUGGACUUUCACCACCUCAGGGGUGGAAGCAGAGCUGCCCCGGGGCUGUGGCGGAGCAGGGAGGGCAGGAAGCCGACGCUUAAGGGUGUACACAGUUGUUACACAGGCAGAAAGUUUAGAAAGGCCUGAGAAAUGCAACAGUUGUUUUUGGCUUGUGGUAGAUGACCAUUUUAAAAAGUGAUUUAAAAAUCAAGUUAAUGUUAAUUUGAAAAUGACUAAUCCUAAUUCACUUUGAGCUGUUCUGCUCAGUAUUUCUGGUAAAUAGGUUCUUGCCACUUACGGAUGACUGGCAGAGUCACACUGGUGACUCUCAGCCCUUUAAAGGGCAAGUGGGCGGUGAUGCUGAUUAGAGAGGAAACGGGCCAAGAGAAGUGACAGAGCCCUGCGGCCAGGUGGCGGGCGGGACGCGGCCCCUCAGCUGGACCGGACGCCCCGUGCCCCUGGACGCAGGACCUGGUUUGCAGUCAGGUUACCAUCUCCAGUGUGAAUGUUACCGUGUAGGGUAUCUUUCUACUUGGUCACUAAGAUUAAACUUUUCCACCUGGAAAAGGCAAAGAAGGGUGUUAAAAAUAGCUUUGUAAGAUUUUAUCUAAGUCCUUGUCCAACUUCCGUUUUUGUCUGAGCCUUAGGGUUGAUAGCUUUGCUUUUUCAGUAAUAAAGUCUCUUCAUUUCGUGUUUAAUCAGUGUGCAUAGAGUUCUGAGAAAUAAGACUCUUAAGUCCAACUGCUUUGUUUUCCACUUCAUGCCCUACUGGAUCCCUGAAGAAUCAGCUUGCAAACUGGCUUAAGGGUGGCGGUGAUCGGCCCUACGGAACCUUCUGUGGACUGAGAUGGGACGUGAAUAUAAGUAAAACAAACAAGCACACGGAAGUCCAUCUUCAUGUGCAGAAGCACCAAAGGCCGUUCAUUUAGGAGGUGUGUCCUGGGAGCCUUUCCUCCAGAGUCAUGCUCUAUCCCCGGGCCGCCUUCACGUCACUCAGGCACCUAGUCCAAGGCCACGAUUCACAGAGGUGUCGUGGCUCUACUUAUUUUAAACAAAAACCUGUGUAAUAAGUAGAUCUCAAAUUCCCUACACUUUGUCUUUUUGGUUUCAACCAAAAUUAAAUCCGCAGCUAUUCCCCUUUUUAACCGACUGAGCCACCCAGGCGCUCCGGUAUUCCCAUUUUUAAUAGGUGUUAACUUUAAAAUUCACACCUUCCUCUAUAUCCAUCCUCAACACGGUGUGUAGACAGGAGUGUGAGGAUUCAUCUUUUUUUUGCAGACGAGACUGCAGAUUCCCCACGCAUGACUCGGUCAGGUUUCCAGAAUACUGUAAGCAACGCACAUACUUAAUGUACUUUCAUGUGGUGGAAUUGGAGAAAUAAACCCUUAACUGUUAA